UCCCCGCCAAAGGGAACUCCAAGGGCACCCCGAGGCCGGGAGGGAAGGCAGCCGUCGCCCCCCUCCCCAAGGCAAUGUCCAAGGGGGGCUUGAAGAAGAAAAGCCACUGGACCAACCGCGUCCAUGAAUGCGCCGUGGUGAGGAACGCCGAGGGGCAGCUGGGCUUCGAGCUGAAAGGGGGAGCGGAGAACGGGCAGUUCCCCUACCUGGGGGAGGUGAGAGCCGGCAAGGUGGUCUACGAGAGCGGCGGGAAGUUGGUGCCCGAGGAGCUGCUGCUGGAGGUCAACGAGACCCCCGUGGCCGGGCUAACCAUCCGGGAUGUCUUGGCCGUCAUCAAGCAUUGUAAAGACCCCAUCCGGCUGAAGUGUGUCAAACAAGGUGGAAAACGCAGGAUAACAGCCCUCUUCCAGCCCUCGGAAGUCCUGAGCAGUGGAGGCGUUGUGGAUAAGGAUCUCCGUCGCUACCUCAAUCUGCGGUUCCAGAAGGGUUCGGUCGACCACGAGCUUCAGCAGAUCAUACGAGACAACCUCUACCUCCGAACUGUCCCAUUUUCCAUGAAUGGGAAAGGUUCAAGUAGUGUAAAAAGGAAAUACACCUUGAAAUUCAGCAAUUAUGUUCCUCUUGGCUUCUAG